AUGCAGCAGCAGCAGCAGCAGCAGCAGCAAGCCCCUGGACCGCGGCGGACGAAUGUCUCUCGUUGCUUCUUUUUCUCUCAAAAGAAUUUCUUGAGAAAUUUCCAAAACUCUUUCAGCAAGAGCUGGAAAGCGACAAAACACUCUUUCCGCCACGCGCUGCGAAAGACUCUCCAACGUCUGCGCCACUCGCUCUGCAGCAGCAGCAGCAGCAGCAGCAGCAGCAGCAGUUGGGGCAGGAGCGUGAUUCGGGCAGCAGCAACAGUAACUGGAGCAGCAGCAGCAGUAACUGGAGCAGCAGCAGCAGUAACUGGAGCAGCGGCAGCAGUUGGAGCAGUAGCAGCAGUAACUGGAGCAGCAGCAGCAGCAGCAAUUGGAACAGCAACAGCAGCAAAUAGAGCAGCAGCAGCAGCAACUGGAGCAGCAGCAGCAGCAGGAACAGCGGGAGCAGCAGCGGCAACGCAGCAGCAGCCCUUGCUUCCCCCAGCAGAAGCAGCAGCAGCUGCACCCAGCAAGCGACAGAAGCACCGCAGCAGCAGCCGCAGCACAGCAUCCGUAGCAGCAACACAGCAGCAGCAGCACCACCGCAGCAGCAGCACCACGGUAGCAGCAGCACCACCACCCCAGCAGCAGCACCACCACCACCACCGCCGCAACAGCAGCAGCACCACCACCCCAGCAGCAGCACCACCACCACCACCCCAGCAGCAGCAGCAGCACCACCCCCCCAGCAGCAGCAGCACCACCACCACCCCAGCAGCAGCAGCACCACCACCACCCCAGCAGCAGCAGCAGCAGCAGCAGCAGCAGCAGCAGCAGCAGCACCCAAGCAGUCCAUGA